ACCUAACAUGAAAGUUCCUCCUGGAUUUGGACCCCAAAUUUAUAAAACCAAUGUUGGACUUUAAUAGCGCAAAGCCAGCGUGUUUGUGAUAGUCAUAUUGCGAGGUGCUGGUAGAGGUUUGCGCACUAGUGGUGUGGCAGUUAGUGGUUGUUGCAGCGAUGUCUCGUUUGCACGUCCUUUCUAUAUUUGGUGUAUUGAUGGCAGUUUAUAUCGGUUAUAACUUGCUGAGUUCGUUUGACGAAGAGUUGUUACGAGGGAAAUCGAUUUUAAUAACUGGUGCAAGCUCUGGUAUCGGGGAACAGCUCGCAUAUAAAUACGCUCGUCUCGGAUGUCGUAUUUUGAUCACAGCCAGGCGAAGAACACUUCUUGAAAAGGUGGGCGAAACAUGUAUGAAACUGGGUGCAGAGCAGGUCGAGAUUGUUGCAUUCGACAUGGCAAGGUAUAAUGCAAUAGAUGACAUUAUAAACGAAAUAAAACUGAAUAUUGGUCGUCUGGAUUAUUUGAUUUUAAAUCACGGUCUUUUCUACUGGGAAUCAUGGGACGGAAACCUCAGCCAAUUAAACUAUAUGAUGGAUGUUAACUUUAUGUCUUUUGUUGCUUUGACUACGAAGAUGCUUCCUUUUCUGAACGCUUCAAACGGUGGUAUUGCAGUUGUAUCAUCUGUAGCCGGUAAAAUGGGACUACCAUACAUGACUCACUACAGCGCCACCAAGCACGCCCUGGAUGGAUUCUUCCGUAGUCUGAGACACGAGUUGGCGCUAUCAAGUGUCGACGUCAGCAUUACUAUUUGUACAAUGGGAGGAAUUGAUACAGACCAUGCUUUACAAGCUUCAAAGCACGUUCUCAGUGCUUUCUGGUUCCGAACCUCGGCUUCAGAUGCCGCCGAAUAUAUUGUCCAGUCUUCAGCCUUGAGAAGUACUGACGUGUUUUUCCCGUGGCUGGAUACUAUGCUUCAAGUGUGUUUAAUUGAUAGAUACUUUCCAUGGUCAAUUCCAUAUUUUCAUAUUUAG